AAACCCUUUCCCUCCUUCUCCUCCGUACCCUACUGCGGCGCCUCCUUCAUUCCUCUUUCUUCAAACGCUCACUCACACACACAGUGUUGAGUGAGGCAUUUCAUCAAACAUGUCGUCGGCGAAGUGGCGCGCCCUCCAGCACCGCCACCGCUACACCUACACCGCCGUGGCCUUCCCGCCGGCGUUCCUCUCCUCCCUCCCUCUCCUCCUCUCCGAGCCCGCCCUCGCCGCCUUCCACUCCUCCCUCCUCCACUUCACCUCCCUCUCCUCCACCCUCUCCCAGCUCUCCCACGCCAAGCCCCUCGCCGCCACCUUCCUCCGCCUCCUCCAAUCCGAACCAAACUCCGAACCUCCUCUUCUCCUACCCUCCGAACUCUACCUCCACCUCCUCUUCCUCGAAAACUCCCACCCUCUCCACAAAACCCUCCUCUCCCCCCUCGCCAAGACCACGCCCUUCCACUCCACCCUCGCCGCCGCCUUCCGCUCCCUCCUCCGCCGCCGCGCCGCCUUCCCGCGCUUCGCCCUUUCCCGCGCCGCGCUCUCCGUCCUCGGCAUGCCCAAGCUCGGCUACCUCGCCGCCGUGGUCGAGGACUGCGCUCUCCUCGUCGCCGCCGACGCCGUCCACGGCCUCCACGACGUCGUUUCGGAGACCAGAGCCUCGCGCCCUUCGCCCGUCGUCAUGGAGCAGUGCCAGGAGGCGCUGUCUUGCUUGUAUUACUUGCUGCAGAAGUUUCCUUCCAAGUUUAGGGAAAAUGAGGGUUCCAAUGUUGAUGAUGUUGUUGGAGGGACUGUGAGUGCUGUGUUGAGUGUGCUUAGUUCCCAAUCGUUUUCCAGGGAUUGUUUUGUAGCGGCUGGUGUGGCUCUCUGUGCCGCUUUUCAAGUUUGUGUUAGUAAACAGGAGCUUGGUUUGGUGUUGAUUCGAGGCGUGUUUAAUAAUUUAAACGGUUUGGAUUUGAGUGGUGAUAGGGAAUUUAGGGAUGCGAUUGGGAAGAUUCCUUGUAAGGGGGAUUUGUAUUCAGGGAUUUGUGGUCUUUCUGUGUUGAGUAGGCUUUGUCUAAUAAGAGGGGUUCUCACUGCGGUUUCUAGGGACUUGCUUAAUGCUCAUUUUGGUGAUUUGGGUGGUGUUAAGACUGUCUUGUAUGAUGGGGUUUUGCCUGAGCUGUGUAGGUACUGUGAGAAUCCUGUUGAUAGUCACUUCAACUUUCAUGCGCUGACCGUGAUGCAGAUUUGUUUGCAGCAGAUAAAGGCGUCGUUGUUGGCGAAUUUGACUGACUUGUCUGGGGAGUAUGUGCCGAUUCCGGAGGAAAUGGGAUUGCGGGUGCUUAGGAUUAUUUGGAAUAACUUGGAGGAUCCUUUGAGUCAGACGGUGAAGCAGGUGCAUCUCAUUUUUGACCUUUUCUUGGACAUUCAGUCUUCCCUCUGUGAGGGUGGGGAGAGGAUAAAGGAGUUUUUGAUGAAGAUUGGGUCGGAUCUUCUUUCACUGGGGUCGCGGUGUAAGGGGAGGUAUGUUCCCUUGGCGCUGCUGACGAAGAGAUUGGGUGCAAGGAAGAUGUUGGAUAUGUGUCCGGACCUGCUGUUUGAGACAAUGCAGGCAUAUGUUGAUGAUGAUGUCUGCUGUGCUGCCACUUCGUUUCUGAAGUGUUUCCUUGAGUGUUUGCGUGAUGAGUUAUGGGAAACUGAGGGGAUUGAAGGGGGGUAUGUUCUCUAUAGAGGGCAUUGUCUUCCGCCAAUUCUUUAUGGGCUAGGUUCUGGAUUCUCUAAGCUUCGCACCAAUUUAAAUACUUAUGCCCUGCCGGUUUUACUGGAAGUGGAUGUGGAUGGUAUAUUUCCCAUGCUUGGUUUCAUCUCGGUUGGGCCGAAUCGUGAUGAGAACAGACUGCAAUAUCCAGAGCUUGGUUGUGCGAACAAGGAAGUGAAUCUUGAACAGAGAAUUGCAAUUCUAGUUUCAUUGCUCAAGGUAUCUCGGUCGCUUGCAUUGGUUGAAGGGGACAUUGAUUGGGCUGAAAAUCCUUCAGCAAACGAAAAGGAGCCUGGGCUGGGAACAGAAAGCCAUGCUAUUGUUUGCAUAAAGGGAGUAAAUGUUAAGGUCCAUGUUCAGUGGCUAGUAAAUGCAUUGACUCAUGUGGACGAGUCACUCCGUGUAGAUGCUGCUGAGACUCUUUUCUUAAACCCCAAGACAUCUAGUCUGCCUUCUCACUUAGAGCUUACUCUAAUGAAGGUAGCUGUGCCUUUAAAUAUGAGGUGUUGCUUCUCAGCUUUUCAGAUGAAGUGGAGCAGCUUGUUUCGUAAGUUCUUUGCUAGGGUUCGAACAGCCCUCGAGAGGCAAUUCAAGCAAGGAGGCUGGAACCCUCUUGAGCAUGAUAAAGGUAAUGAAGUCUAUCCUUCAAAAGGGAAUAAUGAAUCAACAAUUAAAAGAGCAGAUGAUCUUUUUCACUUUAUGAGGUGGUUGAGUGGCUUCUUAUUUUUCUCAUGCUAUCCUUCUGCUCCUUACAAGAGAAAAAUAAUGGCAAUGGAUCUCAUCUUGAUUAUGAUAAAUGUUUGGUCAAUUAAGUCUUCAAGUAGUGAGGACGUUAAUAGUUCUUUGUCAGGAAGUCACAUCUAUCCUUACAGCAAGGGAAUGAUUUCAUCCGACUCAACUCUAUUGUUAGUUGGCUCAAUUGUUGAUAGUUGGGACAGGUUGAGAGAGAAUUCAUUUCACAUAUUACUCCAUUUUCCUAGCCCACUACCUGGAAUUUCUAAUGAAGAUAUGCUGAAGAAGCUAAUUGCUUCAUCUAUGAAAUUAGUUUGCAGCCCACGUGUAAGGGAAAGUGAUGCUGGAGCUCUAACUUUACGGCUUAUAUUUAAGAAAUAUGUGUUGGGGCUAGGCUGGUUGAUUGAAGAUUCAUUGAAUGUUGUCCAUUUAAGCUCAAAGUCUGAAUUGGUAAACGAAAUUAACCAGUCCGGUAAAUUCAGGAAUCCUGUAAUACUGUAUUUGAAAUCAAUGAUUGAUUGGCUGGAUGCUGCUGUAAGAGAUGGAGAACAAGAUCUUUCUAAAGCAUGUAAGAACAGCUUUGUCCAUGGUGUAUUGCUUGCUUUACGUUAUACUUUUGAGGAAUUGGACUGGAAUUCUGAUGUCGUAACAUCUGGCAUCUCGGAGCUGAGACAUUUGUUGGAAAGGCUUCUAGCUCUUGUAGUGAGGAUAACUUCACUGGCACUAUGGGUGGUUUCUGCAGAUGCUUGGUAUCUGCCUGAAGACAUGGAUGAGAUGCUUGAUGAGGAUAAUCUUUUGAUGGAGAUACCAUAUCACGAGGAUAUGCCUUCAUCUGAAAAUGAGAAUAAUAAUUCAAAGCCUUCUCAUGAUGGCCGAACAUCGGAACAGAUAGUCAUGGUUGGUUGCUGGCUGGCUAUGAAAGAGGUCAGCCUUCUUUUGGGGACUAUUAUAAGAAAGGUGCCAUUGCCGAGUAAUACUUGUUCAAAUAUAUCCGAGUUAAAGGGGCCAUCUGUUGACACUGCUGGCUUUUCAUCUGAUUCUGUGCUUGACUUGGAACAACUUAAAACAAUUGGGAAUCACUUUUUAGAAGUCCUCUUGAAGAUGAAGCAUAAUGGUGCAAUUGAUAAGACAAGGGCUGGGUUCACAGCUCUUUGCAAUCGAUUACUUUGCUCAAAUGACCCGAGACUUCAUACAUUGACAGAGUCUUGGAUGGAACAACUUAUGCAAAGAACUGUGGCCAAAGGACAAGUAGUGGAUGACUUGCUGAGAAGAAGCGCUGGAAUACCUGCUGCAUUUAUUGCUCUGUUUCUCUCGGAGCCAGAAGGCACCCCAAAGAAGCUCCUUCCACGGGCGCUACGGUGGCUUAUAGAUGUAGGUAAUGGGUCUAUGCUGAAUCAGAUUGAAAGCAAUAACUUGAAUGGUGAUCCAUGCAAGUCAAAUGAUUCAGCAAAAGGAAAUAAUUCUACACAGCCAACUGAAAGAAAUGUGGGACAGAUGUCAUCAAAGGUCAGAGAUGAAGGUGUCAUUCCUACAGUACAUGCAUUUAAUGUUCUAAGAGCUGCAUUCAAUGACUCUAACUUGGCCACUGAUACGUCCGGUUUCUCUGCUGAGGCUUUGAUUUUGUCUAUUCGCUCUUUCUCAUCGCCAUACUGGGAGAUCAGGAACAGUGCUUGUCUGGCUUAUACUGCUUUGGUUCGUCGCAUGAUUGGAUUCCUCAAUGUUCAUAAGCGGGAAUCAGCACGACGAGCACUAACUGGGCUUGAAUUUUUUCAUAGGUAUCCAUCACUGCAUUCAUUUCUAUUCAAUGAACUUGAAGUUGCAACAGAAUUUCUCGGUUGUGCAUCCUCAGGAGAUUCAGAAUCCAUCCGUGGAAAUAAUCUGCAUCCGAGCUUGUGCCCAAUUCUGAUUCUUUUAUCUAGGCUCAAGCCUUCAUCAAUAGCUGGUGAAACAGGAGAUGAACUAGACCCUUUCCUUUUCAUGCCUUGGAUUAGAAGGUGCUCAACCCAAAGUAAUUUACGAGUUCGUGUUCUUGCAUCUAGAGCUCUAACAAGUAUAGUAUCAAAUGAGAAAUUGUCAUCAGUCCUUCUUAAUAUUGCAUCCCAGUUGCCCUGUGUCGAUAAACUGGUUAAAUCAACUACUUUUCCAAUUGUUGCAUGUACAACUAAUGGUUCCUACAGUAUUUCCUUCAACUUCAUUCAUGGAAUUCUCUUGCAGUUGAGUUCUUUGCUAGAUAUAAAUUGUAGAAAUCUUGCUGAUAAUUCAAAGAAAGAUCAUACAAUCGGUGAGUUGAUCCAAAUUCUUCUACUUCGGUCAUGGAUUGCAAGGCCGUCUCAUUGCCCAUGCCCCAUCCUCAAUGAAACAUUCUUAAGAGUUCUGGAUCAAAUGCUAAAUAUUGCAAGAACAUGCCGGAUCACCAAACAUUUCUAUUCCAUUUCCAAGCUACUUUUGGAGUUGUCAACAGAAUGCUUAGAUUUAGAAUCAUAUGUGUUGUCAUAUUAUGAUCCAACCAUUGCUGAACUUCGUGAGCAAGCAGCCAGAUCCUAUUUUGGCUGUUUCUUCCAAGCAUCUAUAGAUGAGGGAGAGAUAAUCCAUUUGCCACUGAGACAUUCUCUUCCCACUUCAGAAUUGUUGCCUGAACAUCGAAUGGAGAGUACAUCUUUUGGUCUUUUGAAUAGGUUAAUUCACUGCUUGUCAGAUUCAUCAUAUGAAGUUAGACAUGCAACACUGAAGUGGUUGUUGAAAUUCCUGAAAGCAGCUGAACCUUGUGAUAAGGUCUAUGAUCUUUUCCUUAAUGACAUCAGGGUUGUUGAACUCUGGGCAAAAACUAACCUUCAUGGAACCUUGGUGAAGAUUUUGGCAUCAGAGACGAACCACAAAUGUAAAUAUUACAUUCUGAGGGUCCUUGUAGCUUGGAAUUUGCUGCAGUUUGAAAAGGCUAGCCAUGACAAGUGCAUUGGUACAAGUUAUGUAGGUGAAAUGGGCUUCGACUCUCUGUCGCAAUUUUGGAAUGAAUUAGUUUCCUUGUACAAGCAAACAAAACAUGCAAAAACCCAAGAGACCCUUGUUCACUGUCUUGGGGUAUGCACCAAGAGAAUUACAAUGUUGUUUGCAAGUUCUAUUCUGUCAAAUGAAAGAGAAGAGUUUUCAGUAUGUGGUGAAAUUAAUCAGGAGGAAAUGUUAGGUUCGUUGUUUGACUGCAUUGUUUUUUUCUGUGACACAAUUAAACAAUGUAGUUCAUCAUCUGAACCGGCAAGUAUGCGCCUGGCAGCAGCUGAAUCUCUAAUAGCAUCUGGUUUGCUUGAGCAGGCUAGGCCACUUGGCUCCUUUGUUUUGAAUAACCGGAUUCCCUUGGGCACUUCAUCUUCUUUUGUGAAAAAUGAAGCUGUGAAUUCGUAUGCUCAUCAGGUACUUGAUGUGUGGUUUGCAUGCAUCAAACUUUUGGAAGAUGAAGAUGACCUAGUUCGAUUGAGGCUUUCCUCAGAUGUUCAGAAGUGUUUUACUAUAGAAAAAACUAGAAGCGAUCUAACUUCUGGAUCGGCUCCAAUCCAAGUAGAUAGAGUGAUAAGACUCAGUUUUAACCAUCUCUCUUCCAUUUUUGGUCACUGGAUUGAUUACUUCGAUUAUCUUUGUCAGUGGGUAUUACGUGCUGAAAGCUGUGUAGCACCUCAAGGAGAUCUUGUGAGACGGGUUUUUGACAAGGAGAUUGACAAUCAUUAUGAAGAGAAGUUGUUGAUCAGCCAAAUUUGUUGCUCAAAUAUGGAAAAGCUACCUAUUUUGAAGUCCUGGGCUGAUAAAGAACUCAGGAGCUAUUUACAUGGAUGGAGAGCUAGAUUUUCGCAUCAAUUGGUAUCAUUUGCUGAAGACCAUAUUAGGAAACAGGAAGGGAAUGAUUGGAUAGGAGGCGUGGGUAACCACAAAGAUGCAUUUUUACCCUUAUAUGCGAAUUUACUUGGUUUUUAUGCUCUUUCGAACUGCAUUUUCGAUGUAUCUGGAAAUAAUGAUGCCAAACUACUAUCUGAUGUAGUUGUUCUUGGAAGAACCAUCAAUCCAUUCCUUAGAAACCCUUUAAUUUCUAACCUAUUUAAGUUAGUCCUAAGAUCACAUGAGAAAAUGGCCGAUGAUGUUGCUAACGGCUUGUUCCCCGAGAUGGGAAAUUGCAGUAUCUGGGAUAGUUUUAAUCCUUAUUUUCUUCUUGGCUAGGAUUUGUAUACUAGUUGUAGUUUCACAUGAAAGUUGUUUAUGGGAGGUUUAAGCAAAUUUUGAAAUUGCUUUAAAUUUUUCCCAAAGUGAUGUUUAUGCAAAGCAGUUGUAGCUAAAAGGAAAUUUUGUAAUGGAUAUUUUUUUGCGAAGCUCAUUCCCCGGCUAUUUAACUUUUUUUU